AUGUACAGUGAACUGGGGUUCGGAUCACCACUCCGUGAAAAGAUGACCACUUGUUUCUUAAUGAUACCACCGAAUGGUUUUGUAUCCGCAAUGUCUUGUCGUGAUAUCGGUGGCAAUGGUCCGCCUCCGAGAGACACCAAUCCUCUGCCAUCCCUUGAAAGAGUGCAAUCCGUGCGGCGAAGACUGCCGUUCGGUGACGUCGAUCACCAACAAACACAUCUCGAUCUCCAGAACCAGUUGAGACAAUGCCAUGAAAUGGACAGAAACCGAUACAACUUCGACUUCCAAAGUGAACAACCAAUUAAUUCCAGUGAUUCUCGCUAUGAAUGGUCUCACAUCAGCUCUGAUGAUACACAACAGGACACGAAUGACACAAAUAUAUCGCAAGAAUUUAGUACAAAACUCUGCAAAACCAAUGACCACGAGUCCACUCAGUCGUCACAGUCAGCUACCAGUAGUCCAUCACAACCACCACUACUAUCACCACUACUACCACCACUUCCAACACUAUCAGACACUGGCGCUCAUAUUGUGAGCUCAGCACUCGCUUCAGACCCAACAUCUGCCACUUUUGCACCUGAUUCUCAACCCCAGGCCAGCUCUUCAGCUGUUGGACUGACUCUCAAAGUUGGCCACAAGAAGCAAAUAGUCAGUCAAUCGAAGCAAACAAAAAUCACAGGGAAAAACUGA